ACAAUAUUGUUAUGUUUUGCCAAAUUCAUUUUGGAUGCACGAUUAACCUCCAUAUUCAUGUGUUGCUUGUCAAAUCCCUUUAUCAACACAAAUCAAUCAAAGUUUCAUUAAUAUUAAAAUCUUUAAAAAACACAAUGGAACAAAAAGUAUCAACCAAAAGCAUCAAAUAGAUUUCGCUUUUCGAUAAAAGUGUGUUUCCUGUUUCCAGGGGGUUAAAAUGGUAAUAUAUAUUCCGCGGUUUUUUGUGUAAUCGUUUGUCCCUCGGCGGACACCAUCGAGGUGAUACUCGCUGUUCCACCUGUGUGUUGCACGCAACAACAACAACAACAACAACACAUGGUUUAAUAAUGCGUUAAUAAUGAUUAUGUCUUGAACAUAUGAAAUGUCUGAGUUGCGGAGAGCGAAAACAUGGGAAGUAUCUGAAUCUGAGGAAAGCGAUGCUGAGACAAAGCCCGAUGAGAGCAGUCAAAUAGUAACAAUCAGCACAGACUUAACAGAGGAUCAGGGUUCAGACCACAAGUGCAACAUCCUCUCAUCGUCACACACACACACUGAGCCAUGUCCAUCUUCUGCUUUGUCUCCUCCGCGACCAGAUGGACGCGCCACGCCGAGCCCUGCAAGAAAGCGCCGCACCAAGGAGGAGAUGGAGGCGGACAGACAGACAGCCAGGGAGAGGAAGGAGGCGAGAGAUGGACAGAGAGCAGCCAGAGCCCGGGAGAAGGAGGAGGAGAGACGGGAGCAGCAGAGGAGGAGAGAGGCAGCGGAGAACCUGAAGAGUCUGCGGCCAGAGAACUGCCUCAAGUGUCUGACAGUCUGCAUAGAUCCAGCUCUUCUGCAAGAGGAUGGCUCAGACAUCUUGCUGGACGCCCUGGCUACCUUUGAGUGGAGGUUUAGCAUCGAGAGCCAGCAGCUCCCACACAGCAUCACCUGGACCAGAGACUUACCUCAGGGAGACGAUGGCCCGGUGGACGAGGAGCAAGUGGUUGUGGUGCUGGGUCUGACGGUCUUCAUGGACAUGGUGAUCUCUGUGAAGAAAAUGCUCGACAGCGACGAGGAGGAGACGGGGGCGGGGUCUCUCCUCGGUCCAAUUUUGGAGUGUCUCAACCGGGAUGCCAAGAAGGUGGUCACUCUCUUAGUGACGCACUCUCAGCUGGAUUACAGGGUCGAUGCUUGUGGUGUACGUUCACUAGAUGAGACUCUACCAUUGGGUAUGGAGGACAUGGACGUCGAGGAGGUCCUCGUGUACCUACAGCUCUGCAAGAAUGUCUCGCUGGUGUUCCUUGAUGGCUGGCAGGAGGUCACUAACCAUGUGUGUGCCGUCACCAAGUCCUUAUCAAAACGCCCUUUCAAACUGCUGACGGAGCGAGCAGAGCUGCCCUUCUGCGUGGACGGCUCAUGGGCCAGCGGGGCUCGCGUCGAGAGGGACGGCUCGGGGCUGAUCCAGGUGUGGAGCAGGCAGAUCCAGCAGCUGAACAGAGUCAGCCCUGCUGUGGCCUCCACUGUGGUUGCUGCCUACGCGUCUCCUCAGCUGCUGCUGCAGGCGUACCAGAGUUUGGGCGCAGAGGAGGACAGAAAGUCGCUGCUGGCUGGUCUCUUGGUGAGAAGUGCAGGUAAAGAGAGACGUGUCGGACCGGAGAUAUCAGCCCGAGUCUACCGCUGCUUCACAGCCCAGAACCCCCAGCUGGUCCUGGACUAAUCCGUCCACUUGAGAACGUCAGCGCAGAUUAUUCUGGUCUGGAAUGACACUUCAUCACCACUUGGCUACUUGUGUGUUAAUGUUGAUGUUUAGAAGCUAAAAAUAAGCCUCAGAUAUCAUGUUGGCAGUGAAGGACUAUUUAUAAUAUGAUGUAUAUACAUUAUUCUGUUUAUACGUAUGAAUACAAGAUGUCAGCGUGACCGGCAUGAUGUUUUGUUUGUGUGUGAAAUAGCCAUUAAAAAUGAGCUGCA